AUGGCUGUUAAGGACCAUAAUUCUAAAUCUGGGAAUGCUCCGAAAACAUGUUCAUUCUACAAUGAAUUGGAUGAAAUAUUUCAUAAAUCACCAAGUGUCACACCUGUCGCUCUUGCCUCAUCGAGAACAAAGAGAGCCAUAGAAAAGGAUACUACUGAUGAUGAGACUUUUGAUGAGAUGGAUACUGACUGUGAAAAAAUAAAUAGUAAAAAGAUAAAGAAGAGUAAAUUGAAUAGAGAAUUAGAGGCUUGGUCUAAAACUCUUCGUGAGGAUGCGGAGAAAAGAGAAUUAGCAAGGGAAAGGCGACAUGAGGCAGUGAUCGCUGUACAAAAUAAAGGAAUUGCAGCAUUCACUGAUGUUAUGAAUAAACUUCUAGAAAAGCUGUAA